AUGGCAGGAACAUUACUCUAUCUAGUCACGCUUCUUACAGCGCUUGGCUUCAUGCUCAUCGGCUUUGACAAUGGUGUUAUGGGUGGUAUCAUCAACGAAGCACCCUUUCAAACCACUUUCUAUCACCCAUCAUCCUCGCUUCUCGGUACCAUCGUUGCGAUUUACGAUAUCGGAUGUUGUUUAGGUUCCAUCAUUACCGCUUUUGUCGGAGAAAAACUUGGUCGAAAACGAUCAAUCAUGAUUGGUGCGAUUGUCAUGCUAGGUGGAGCCGGUUUCCAAGCGUGUGUCAGCUCUGCGGAUGCAAUGAUAGGGGCCAGAGUUGUUUCGGGUCUGGGAAUGGUGCAGGUGACUCGUCGCAGUGUUAUGUUAUUGAUGUCAUUGGCACAAGCGGCAGUCUACCUGAUCCGUAUUCAGCUUCUACCUCCAGAUCCUGAGCUACCUUCUUCGGUCGACCGUUGUCUGAGAGGUCGUGCCGUAUUGACCCACUAUUCGCACCACUAUAGACCUGCUUGA